UGGAGACGAAUUUAUGAGUUUGAUACAGGCAUCGGUUACGGCAGCGACAUGGAAGGGUUACGACGGAUCAUCUCCUGUGGUGCUUCUGGUGGGGCACUCAUACAUCUGUCGAGCGGCACUGCGUGCGGAGAAUCGUCCAGGGGGAAAAAACCUUGGUUUUUCCGGCACACGUGUGAUUUGGCGAGGCGUCAGUGGCAUGCGGUGGCUGCAAGUACUCCCUGAGGUGGUUCGCUUUAGCCGAGCUUAUGAUGGCCCGCUGGUACUGGUAAUUCACGCUGGGGGUAAUGAUUUGUGCCAAGUUCGGGUAGCUGAGCUUAUUUCUCUCAUAAAAUCUGAUAUGGUUCGUUUCCCCCCAUUUUUUAUGGAUUUGGUUAUAGUUUGGUCUGAGUUGGUGCCCAGGUUGGCGUGGAGGGGUGCCCGCAAUGUUGCUGCAGUUGAUAGAUCCCGCACCCUGCUUAAUCAAAGAAUCUCGCGUUUUGUGCAUAGCCAGGGCUGGGUGGUGGUUCGGCACCGGCAAUUGGAAACGGAUACCCCCUUGUUAGCUGACGGGGUUCACCUUAAUGAGGCCGGUCUAGAUAUAUUUUUGUCGGGCUUGCGCGAUGGUGUAGGGAGAGCCAUUUCUCUUCUGGGUGGAGGUCGGAGUUCGGUGUAGGAUUACACGAACUCCUAGUGGCGGUUAUUGAUCCUUUGCCUGUAUUCGGCCUAGUAUAAAAGGCGACACCACAUGCCCACUGCACACAGUGGCCGGCAUUCGGGGUAAGAUAUAUAAGGUCAUAUACUUGACAGUUAACGAGAUACGUUUUGAAAUGGCAAGGAUCGGGAAUUAAAUAAAUAUAUACAGUAUAAAUAAAGCUGUGGCCGACUUUCACCCACUAUUCUGUUUCAGUGUGUUUUAUUCAUAAAUUAGCAUUAAAGGGCUUAUCCCUAGCUGGGGAAUAAAGGUUAAGUUCUAUAGGCUUAAACAUCUUCACAGUCUGAGCAGCGCUGAAGCAAGUAGCGAAAGCGCUACUGACUGGGAGGGGGAUUUCCCCCUUUGUAAGCAGUGGCGAAAAUUCGCCAGCGUGUUUGCGCCUGGCGUCUUGGCGCCUGGCGUUUUUGCGCAGGGCAAGAAC